AUGAACUAUGCCUGCUUCUAUUCAGUGCUUCGAUUUCCAAGCCCUGCAUCUGUGAAGGUCGAACUCUUUCCGUUUGUAACUAAAUUCAGCAACUUUCGCAAGGUACAACGCAUCGUGGCAUAUGUUUUGAGGUUCGUCAACAAUUGCCAGCAGAAGCAUUUCCUCGACCGUAUUCUCACUCCUUAUUUGACCAUCCGAGAAUUGCAGCGCUCGACGGAGGUGCUCAUCAAGAUUUCCCAGCACGUUCAAUUGGCAGACGAAAUUGAACGCCUUCAGUCCAAUAAAAAUUGCAAGCGAGUCGGAAAUCUUCGUCCAUUCAUCCGAGAUGGCUUGCUACGAGUUGGAGGCCGACUCAUUUACUCCAAGUUGCCAUAUGCAUCAAAGCAUCCAAUCAUAUUGCCCGACAAGGAUCCCAUCACGACGAUGCUAAUCAGGACGAUGCAGAUCGAGCUGCUUCAUCCGGGCCAAUUAGCGCUAAUCAACGCAAUUCGACAGCGGUACUGGCCGCUCAAAGCUCGUUCUACUGUGCGGCAGAUUACUCGCAAAUGCGUAGAAUGCUUUCGUGUGAGACCGGGAGCCACAACGCAGCAGAUGGGGAAUCUUCCGCAAUCACGAAUCGUGCCAUCUCCAGCAUUCGCAGUGACUGGUGUGGACUACGUUGGUCCUUUGUUGGUAAAGCAAGGAACCUAUCGUCCCAAACUCGUUAAGGCGUAUCUAGCAGUGUAUGUUUGCAUGACCACCAAGGCCGUACACCUCGAAGCGGUUUCUGAUCUAACGACGGAUGCGUUCCUAGCAUCACUCAGACGCUUCAUCAGUCGUAGAGGAUUGGUACAGCAGUUGCAUUCUGAUAAUGCAACCAACUUUAAGGGAGCGAAUCACGAGUUGAACCAGCUGUAUCAUCUUUUUCGAGAUCAACAGAUGCUCGAUCAAGUUCAACAGUUUUGCGCAGCACGUGAAAUCGAGUGGCAUUUCAUCCCUCCUGACGCCCCUGAAUUUGGCGGACUGUGGGAAGCGGCUGUGAAGUCGGCAAAAACUCACCUGAAGCGAGUCGUCGGCAACGCGCGGUUAACGUUUGAAGAACUGGCAACUAUUCUCACGGAAAUAGAAACCGUGUUGAAUUCUCGCCCUCUAUUCAGUAUCUCUACCGAUCCAGCUGAUCCACAAGUGAUUACACCAGCCCAUUACCUGAUAGGUCGUCCGCUCAUCACACCAGCCGAGCCCUCUCUGGAAGACAUCAAAGCCAACCGUUUGAGUCGAUGGCAGCAUUUGCAGCUCAUGCGUGAGCACUUUUGGCGUGCUUGGAGACGGGAUUAUCUCAACACGUUGCAGCCACGGAAAAAGAAUCUAAGAAUGAUGCCGAAUCUACGCCCCGGAAUGGUUGUUCUUCUCCACGACAAGACACAGCCACCUUUAAACUGGAAGCUGGGACAUAUCACCGCUGUCCACCCUGAUGCUGAAGGCCUAGUUCGAGUAGUGGAUAUUUUUGUCGAUGGUUCUACUUUCCGCCGUCCAGUCAACAAGCUUUCCGUUCUUCCCAUCGAAGACAACUCCAUCGCAUCUCCAUCCGACGACGAAUCUGUUGUCACGUAG